UCCCUUUGUUUAUUAUCCCAGGCAUAAAUGUGAACAGUAUACAUGUGAUGUUUUAUAAUGUUUUUAGUUUUUAGAGAGAGAGAGAGAGAGAGAGAGUUUAGUUAGUCACUUUGUUGCUAGAGUAGAAGAGGACUGGUGUUUGCUGUCACGUAUUUUGUUUUCAAUAGUUAUUAAACUUGUUAUUUCCUAGAUAGUUGGAGUUAUUUUCGUAUGUUAACUAGUGUGUAUUAUCGACCUACAACGAUGUAAGUUAUAGUAUUUCUAAUUACCCCAAUGUUGGGCCCGUUUUGUUGGGGUCAAAGUCAUAGUUUUAAGUACCCCUUUGAGUAUCUGACAGUGUUGUCUUCCCGAUGCACUUGUAUGGCUCUCAAGCUGGUAAAACAUAGUCCACAUUGAGACAAUGGACGUCGUGUUUUUGUGUUUGCUUAUUUUUGUGUCAACUACGCUUCAUUCUGCAGAUUUGUUUGUACCAUAUGGCACAAAGUGUACAAGCAACGCAACAUGUAAAAGUGAUACUCAAUGUUUGCCUGGUGUUGAUAACAUCAAACGAUGUCGUUGUGAGGAGAAUAAAUUCAGAACAAACAAAAGCACGUGCCACUUCUUUAGUGAUCUGAGAGUUUACAACAUUAAAAUAGAUAAAGUGACACCAACAAGCAUCAAGUUAAAUUGGACAAGUGACUAUGUUCAAGGUCUAGCUGCAAUAUUCAAUGUUUCCUACAAAUACACAUACCAACUAGGAGAUGAGAAUGGUGUCACAGUUGACAACUUAAGUCCUGAUACUCUGUAUACAUUUACAAUUCAAGUCAUUAUUUCAGAAAAACACUUAGCAAAUCAACCAACAUAUGGGCCCUUUAUCACCUACAAUGCCAGGACAAGUGAAUCUCUGACAUCGACAACACCGAUGGUUACUAUGGAAACCAUUACGUCAACUCUGUCCACUUCAUCAUCAGAGUUGAAAUCAACAAGAACUACUCCUGACAUUGAGAUGUCAAUGACUUUAUGUAGAGAUUCAAUCAGCCUGAAAGUAUUUCUGUUAGUCACUAUUUCCUUAUGUUCACUGCUGGCUGCUGCUAUUGUCAUCAUUGUCAUUUUGAUGAGGAGCAAAUGGAGAAGAAAAAAGAGGAUUGAGAACGUCUAUGAUACAGCUAAGAAAUGUGACCUAGAAACACACCAAUACUGUGAUACAACGAAUUUAAAUAAGAGUGAAUACCAUGAAGUGACAGACUUGACUUUCAAACUUUACAGCAACCAAUAGUGGACUUUAUUGUGUAUGAAUUGAAAAAUGAAAUGAUUUUAUAUUCAAUUCUUGACAUCAAAUGUUGUUACAAACUAAAUGUCUGAAGCUGAGGCAACUUGCUCAACGGGUUUAUACAUUGUUAAGUUUCUAAGUAAGCUCGAUGGAUUUAUAAGAUAGAGAAAUUGUUUCUUAACACUAAACUACGAUAAUAUAAUCUAACAAAGAAAGACAAAAACAGAAUACUGAAAUGUAACUAGACAAAGUAAUAAAUAACGUCGCUAUAAUAGAUAUGGAG